AUGUGUCAUGGUUCAGCAUCAAACAGUAGAAAUGAGCUGAACAACUUUGUGACUUCUCACAAUCAUGGAUCAGUAGUAAUUGAUUUAUAUGUACCAUUCAUAAGGGAUACACUCGGUGAAAGAGUUGUUGAUCUCUCAGUUGAGUUCAGUUCAAAGACUUUAUAUCAGCGAAAUUAUCAA